AUGCACUCAAUCGGCAGCAUUGCUACCGUUGGGUUCAUUUUGCUAAAUGUGAUUCCUCGGCGGCACGUUGUGGAAUUCAAUGAUACACCCGCUUGUACUAAGGUCUUCAUUUUCUUCGGCCUGUUGGUGAACUUUGCGAGUCUAAUAGCUGCUACCUGGGUCCUAUGUAGCGAAUACGCAACGGGCGCCAUUACUCCAGUCUACCCGGGCGUAGCUGUAUUUCUGCAGACUCUCUUAAUUGUCGCUUCAUCUUUCCUUUAUCGUCUUGGGCCAACAUUCGACGAGAGCUACUAG